AUGUUUUUAACAGAAAGUCAAAAACAUUACUACACAGCGAUGAAGAAACUUGGCAGAAAAAAGCCCCAGAAAGUCAUAAAGCGUCCCAGGAAUCAGUUCCUUGCAAUGUUUUAUGAUUUGUCCAAUUCACGACGCUUCGAGAUAGCCAUAUUCGUACUUAUCUUCUUGAAUAUGCUUACAAUGGGUAUAGAGCAUUAUGACCAGCCCCAUUCAAUUUUCUUCAUUUUGGAAGUCAGCAACGCUUUUUUCACUACAGUAUUUGGUUUAGAGGCCAUAGUAAAAAUUAUAGGUUUGCGAUAUCAUUACUUCACGGUGCCGUGGAAUGUGUUCGAUUUUCUUCUGGUGCUAGCUUCAAUUCUGGGCAUUGUGAUGGAAGAUAUCAUGAUAGAUUUGCCCAUAUCGCCCACGCUGCUCCGUGUGGUCAGAGUAUUUCGAAUAGGGAGAAUUUUAAGACUGAUUAAAGCCGCAAAAGGCAUAAGAAAGCUGCUUUUCGCUUUGGUAGUAUCUCUACCAGCUCUGUUCAAUAUCGGAGCGCUACUGGCACUGAUCACGUUCAUAUACGCCAUCAUUGGGAUGUCGGUUUUCGGGCACGUGAAGGAGCAGGGCGCUCUGGAUGACUUGGUCAACUUUCAAACCUUCGGGAGGAGUAUGCAAUUACUUUUUCGUCUUAUGACGUCAGCAGGCUGGAACGAUGUAUUGGCAUCAUUAAUGAUCCAACCCCCAGAAUGCGAACUUGGUGACGUCGGCCAUAUUAACGGCAACUGUGGCAGUCCCCUCCUCGCUAUCACUUACUUCACUUCUUUCAUCAUAAUCAGCUACAUGAUCGUUAUCAACAUGUACAUCGCUAUCAUCCUCGAGAACUUCAACCAGGCACACCAAGAGGAGGAAAUCGGAAUUGUUGAAGAUGAUCUUGAAAUGUUUUACAUUAGAUGGUCGAAGUACGAUCCACACGCGACACAGUUUAUUAGUUUUGCUCAACUAUCAGAUUUCAUUGCCUCACUAGAUCCACCGUUGGGUAUAUCAAAACCAAAUACAGUUGCUUUGGUUAGUUUCAAUCUUCCCAUAGCAAGAGGGAAUAAAAUCCAUUGUUUGGAUAUUCUACAUGCUUUGGUGAAACAUGUAUUAGGACAUGUUGAAGAAACUGAUACGUUUAGGCAGCUGCAAGAGCAAAUGGACAUAAAAUUUAAAAAGCAGUUCCCAACCAGAAAAGAGUUAGAAAUAGUAUCCUCGACUAGAAUAUGGAAAAGAGAAGAUAAGGCAGCAAGAACAGUCCAACGUGCUUGGAGAGAAUAUGUGAAGAGGAAAAACCGUAGUCCUUCAAACGAAGAGGAAAGCACGAAAUGGUCACCGGGUGGAGGUUGGGGAGGGCGACUGAGUGCCUUGCUUCACGUCCGGAGGAGUUCCCAUGCCUCAAGCCGCAAGUCUUCAAGAGCCUCUGACGCUUCUGACCUCAGCGAAUUAGGGGGAGCUUGGCUUAAUCUACCAUUACUACUACUACCAGGGGCGACCCCAGGAGAACAGGCGGCGAGUGGUACGGAGUCAGCACCGCCGCGGCGCCGCUCGGCGUACGGCCUGCCUUUAUUCCUGAGACACCAGGACGCAGUGGACGAAGACGGCGGCCCUAAACGCGCAGGAUCCCUUCGUCUAAGCUCAAGACGGAAUUCAGCGCGGCGUGCCACUACUCCGGCACGUGCUAGGACGCCUUCUCCACACGCCAACAGUGAAGUUAGCAUUCUUGUGACAGAAGCGUCACCAGACGCCGCCCCUCCCCCUGCAGCACCCCCCACCGUCGUACGAGUGCUAGUGCACCGAGAGAGCGAUGAACAACCCAGCUGA